AUUGCUUGGUUCUCCCCGGUGCGUAGUGUGGUGUGAAUACCAUUACGAUGGAUGCCUCCCAUUUUCACAGUCUUGGGCUUCUACCAAUUCUUCUCCUUCUUCUGGUACUCGUCUCCAACCGAUGGAUGGCCAAGAAGUCCAAGUCGGCCAAAAGAAGGAACCAGGCCCCUCGACCGGCCGGCGCGUGGCCCGUCCUUGGCCACCUCCCCCUCCUCGGCUCCCACAACAACAUCGGCCGGGCGCUAAAAGCGUUGGCCGAUGCGUCCGGGCCCGUCUUCUCGCUCCGGCUGGGCGCGAGCCCUGCACUGGUUGUCGGCACUCGGGAGGCCGCCAAGGAGUGCUUCACAGUCCAUGACAAGGCCCUCGCCGGCAGGCCCCGGAGCACUGCUAGCAAGCUUAUGUGCUACAACAACGCCAUGGUGGGCUUCUCUUCCUACGGUCCCUAUUGGCGCGAGGUCCGCAAGAUCCUGACCAUAGAGCUCCUCUCUCACGCCCGGCUAGGCUCCCUCGCUCACGUCCGGGCCUCGGAGGUUGAUGCUUUCGCCAAGACACUCUACGGACUUUGUCGUAGAGGUGACGAGGGCCCGGCGAGGGUGGAGAUCAGCAAGUGGUUCCAGGAGCUGACGUUCAACGUGGUGGUGAAGAUGGUGGCGGGGAAGAGGUGUUUCGUUUAUGGUGCCGUUGAUGACGGCGGGAGCAGUGAAUCUCGGAGGUUCAUCGGGGCGAUACAACGGAUGAUGGAGCUCUUGCGAGCGUUUGUGAUCUCCGACGUGGUGCCGUUUCUAAAGUGGAUGGAUUUUGGAGGCUACGAGAAGGCGAUGAAGCGCAACGCGGCGGUGAUGGACUGCAUCAUUGGAGGGUGGUUAAGGGAGCACCGAGAGAGGAGGAUGGAGGGACGGGGUGACGGCAAGCAGGACUUCAUGGAUGUCAUGCUGGCGAUAAUGGAGAAGGAAGGGGAGCUGCUCUCCGACCAUGAUCCGGAUACUGUCAUCAAGGCAAAUUCCCUGGCUCUGAUAAUAGGUGGCACGGACACCACAAGCGUGACCAUGACCUGGGCCCUAGCCCUAAUGCUGAACCAUCCCCACGUUCUUCGGAAGGCCCAAGAAGAGCUGGAGGCCCACGUGGGCAGGGCCCGGAACGUCAACGAGUCGGACGUGGAGAAGCUGGUCUACCUCCAAGCCAUCGUGAAGGAAACACUCCGCCUGUACCCGCCCGGUCCGAUCCUGCUCCCCCACCAGGCCAUGGAGGACUGCCAGGUGGCCGGCUUCGACGUGCCCGCCGGCACGCAAGUGCUGGUGAACGCAUGGGCGAUCCAACGGGACCCGCAGGUGUGGCCGGAGCCGUCAGCCUUCCGGCCGGAGAGAUUUCUGACGAGCCACGGGGACGUCGGAGUCCGGGGCCGACAAUUGGAGCUCCUGCCCUUCGGGUCCGGCCGGCGGGCGUGCCCGGGGGCGUCGUUCGCGCUGCAGGUCGUGCACCUGACGCUCGCCCGCAUAAUUCAUGGGUUUGAUUUGGAGACGCCAACGGGCGAACCAGUGGACAUGACGGAGGGCAAGGGUGCUACUCUACCCAAGGCUACUCCGUUGGAAGUCCUGGUCACCCCACGGUUAGCUCCUGUGCUCUACCAAUGAGAGGUUGGUUGAGUGAAAGGAUGAGGGGAGUUGGUCAACACGUAGUUGGGUUCUUUGUUGGCCACUUAACAGAUUUCCAUGCAUGUAUGUUC